AUGGCCGAUAUCCUGAAGCGCAACCGCCAGGCACUGGGUUGUGAACUGAUGCUGUCGACGGGCGUGGACGAGCACGGCCAGAAGAACCAGGAAGCCGCGCAGGAACUGGGUAUGCCGGUCGAGGAAUAUCUCGACAUGCGCUGUGCGGAGUUUCGCGAUGUUUUCGAAAAGCUCGGUGUCGAAUUCGACUAUUUCGUCCGCACAAGCCGCGAAGGCCACAAGAAAGCCGUCGCGGAGAUGGAGCAGCGCAUCUUCGACAAGGGACUGAUCGUCAAGAAGCAGUAUACGGGCACCUACUGCAAGGGCUGCGAGGAGUUCAAGAAGGAGAGCGACCUCACAGAGGACGGACAGUGUCCGCUGCAUCCGACCAUGCAGGUCGAACAGACGGACGAAACCAAUUACUUUUUGAAAAUGGAACCGUUCCGUGAACAGCUCCUGAAACACAUCGACGACAAUCCGGAUUUCGUCCAACCCGAGUCGUUCAGGAACGAGCUGAAGAAAAUGCUGGCCGAACCGCUGGAGGAUCUGUGCAUCUCCCGGCCGAAAUCCCGUGUGACCCUCGGCGUGGAAUUGCCCUUCGACACGGACUUCGUCACCUAUGUCUGGUUUGACGCCCUGGCCAACUACCUGACCAAUAUCGGCUGGCCGGAAGAUGGCUACCAGAACUGGUGGGCGGAGUGCGAGCACAUGAUCGGCAAGGAUAUCCUCAAGCCGCACGGUGUCUACUGGCCCCUGAUGCUGAUGGCCGCUGAUCUGCCGCUGCCGAAAAAGCUCUCGGUGCACAGCCACUGGGUCGGCGCCGGCGGGGUCAAGAUGUCCAAAUCCAUCGGCAACACAGUCGAUCCGAUAGAGGUCAUGGACAAGCUCGGCGUUGACGCGUUGCGCUGGUAUCUCGCCCGCCACAUGCGUGCGGACAGCGACAGCCAGAUUUCGGUCGAGCUGAUUGCGCAGACUUACGAGAGCGAGCUCAACAACAAGCUUGGCAACCUGCUUUCUCGCGGUGCCAAGUUCGCCAGAAAGAACUUCGACGGAAAACUUCCAGUCAAGGGUCCGCUCACGGCAGAAGACGAGGCUUUGCGUCAAACGGUGCUUGAUGCGACCGCAGGCAUGGGUGAAUGGAUAGAUCUCGCCGACAUUCCGGCGCGGAUGCAGUCCAUCAUCAAUGCGGCGGCCGAGAUGAACAACUAUUUCGACAAGCAGGCUCCCUGGACGCUCUUCAAGUCCGAAGAGACCAAGGACCGCGCGCGAGAUGUCGUCUAUGUCGGUCUCGAUUGCCUGCGUAUCGUGAUGGAAGCGUUGCAGCAGGUGAUCCCGGUGUCGGCCGGCAAGGCCCUUGCCACGCUGAACGUCACCGACAUUGCCCGUCCUUGGAAACCGGAGCUGGACAGGCUACCGGGCGGCAGUGAACUGGACGAAAUCGAGCCGCUUUUUCCGCGGGUUCAGUAA